AUGCUUUUCUCAGUCUGGUGUCUCAUCGCAGGGCUGGCUACGGCCCUGGCUCAUGAGGGUACCAAGUCGCAUCCUAUCGUCGACCUUGCCCAGCGAGGAAUCCGGUCGGAUCGCCUGGACAGCCUCCAGCUGGGCGCAAGUGAAGACGACGCUGCGUGUUAUUGCGCUCUUGCGUGCGACACACUGACGGGCACCUUUGGCCCAGAGCAAGUGGACGUCUUUGGCGAGCAAGCCUACGACGCCGGUCUCGCCAGGUUCUGGUCGGUGCAGCAGGCACAGGAGACCAAGCCGCGCUGCUUUUUCCAUCCGCUCAAUGCCCAGGAGGUCUCCGUCGCAGUCUUGUUGUCCCGUGCGACGCAGUGCCCAUUCGCGGUGAGGGGCGCUGGUCAUGCGGCCUUCAAGGGGGCGUCCAAUAGUGAUGGUGGCCUCACCAUCGACUUCAUCAAUAUGAGGCACGUCGUUCCGAGUGCGGACAGGAAGUCUGUGGCGCUCAGCCCAGGAAACACCUGGCAUGAUGUGUAUACCGCGCUUGAGAAGGUCAACUUGACCAUGGUGGGUGGACGAGUGGCAUCUGUCGGCGUUGGGGGGCUUAUCCUAGGCGGUGGCAUAUCUUUCUUCAGCGGACAGCAUGGCUGGGCAUGCGACAACAUUGUCAACUACGAGGUCGUAGUCGCGUCGGGUGAGAUCCUGGAGGUCAACGCCGUUACUGAGCCCGAUCUCUACUGGGCUCUCCGUGCUGGUGGCGGGAACUUUGGUAUUGUCACGCAGUUCGUCGCAAACUCAUUCGAGCAGGGACUUAUGUGGGGAGGAGACAGAGCAUGGGAAAUGCACAGCACCAAGGCCGCUCUAAUAAAUGCCAUGAUCGGAUACGUCGAGAACUAUGACCCAAAGGCGGCAAUCAUCGUGUCAUUCGCCUACGCCCAGGCUUAUAACAUGUGGGUAUCCGUCACCAACCUCGUCUAUUCAGAUCCCCAACCCGCGGAGGGUCACCCAGCCGUGUUUGAUGACUUCUUCGCCAUCGAGAACGCGUUCCAGAACACGCCGCGGACGACUUCACAUUCUGACUUGACCAACGAUCUCGAGAUCAUGAGUCCAUGGGGGGCUCGUGAGAGUUACUGGAUGGUCACCACCCACGUCGACAAGCAGCUAGCCUCGGACAUCAUCGACAUCUUCCAAGAGGAGGUCGCCCCGCUAACAAACUUCACCGACUUCGUGCCCGCCAUGUCAUUUCAAAUCAUCAGCGUCGCGCAGCGUAAAGCCAUGUUGCGAAAUGGCGGUAACGCGAUGGGUAUCGGGGGAGGCGACAAGCCGCUUCUGAUCACCAACAUCUCUGCCCGGUGGGCUCUGAAAUCGGAUGACACGGCCGUGCUGACGGCUUACCACAACUUUGUGACUCGAGUAGAGGAGAAGUCUCGGGCGCGCAACUUGUUUCACCCGUUCCUGUACAUGAACUACGCCAGUCAGUGGCAAGAUCCCAUUGCAAGCUACGGCGCCGAGAACAAGGCGAGGCUACUGGAAGUCUCCAAGAAGUAUGAUCCUGAAGGUGUGUUCCAGAAGCUUCAUCCGGGGUAUUUCAAGCUGGCGGGUGCGCCUCUCAAAUGGUAG